UCAGCAGCCGCGAGGAGGCGAGCAGAUCAGGCGCUCACACAAUGCUCCUCGGACCAUAAACACUCCGUUCACCUGCUGCUGCUGAUGCUACUGCCGCUGCUGUCAAGGAGACCAGAGACGCAACGACACAUUGAGUUGAUUUCUUAAAACAGCAACAACAACAGCAACAACAUAUAAACUAUCCGUUAAAGUGGAAGCGCCGGGAGCGAGAGCAGAGACGCAGAGUGAGUGAGUGAGAGUGACGGGAGGAGGCAGGCAGCGGAACCGGGAAUAGGACACCAUCAUCAACAUCAUCAUCAUCAUCCUUCUCAACUGAGAUUAAAGAGGAUCACUCUGUCCUCUGUCUCUUUUUAGAAGACAACCAUGUCCUCGUCCGGGAAAGAAAACAGUGCCGCCCAGCAUGCCAAUUACGUGGGACCGUACCGCUUGGAAAAGACGUUGGGGAAAGGACAGACAGGCCUGGUGAAGCUGGGAAUCCACUGUGUAACGUGUCAGAAAGUCGCUAUAAAGAUCGUCAAUCGAGAGAAACUCAGUGAAUCUGUCUUAAUGAAGGUGGAACGAGAAAUCGCUAUUCUCAAGCUAAUAGAACACCCACACGUUUUAAAGUUGCACGACGUCUACGAAAACAAGAAAUAUUUGUAUUUGGUUCUAGAGCACGUGUCUGGAGGAGAACUGUUCGACUACCUGGUGAAGAAGGGAAGAUUAACACCCAAAGAGGCACGCAAGUUCUUCAGACAGAUCAUCUCUGCUCUGGAUUUCUGUCACAGUCACUCCAUAUGCCACCGGGACCUGAAACCUGAGAACCUGCUGCUAGACGAGAAGAACAACAUCAGGAUAGCAGACUUCGGCAUGGCCUCGUUGCAGGUGGGAGACAGCCUCCUGGAAACUAGCUGUGGGUCACCUCACUACGCCUGUCCUGAAGUCAUCCGGGGAGAGAAAUAUGAUGGGAGGAAAGCCGAUGUAUGGAGCUGUGGGGUCAUUCUGUUUGCUCUACUGGUGGGAGCUCUGCCGUUUGAUGACGAUAAUUUACGAAACUUGUUAGAAAAAGUGAAGCUGGGGGUGUUCCACAUGCCACACUUUAUUCCUCCGGAUUGCCAGAACCUUCUACGAGGAAUGAUCGAGGUGGACGCUAGCAAACGGCUUACGUUAGAACAGAUCCAGAAGCACACGUGGUAUAUCGGGGGAAAAAACGAGCCGGAGCCCGAGCAGCCGGUGCCGAGGAAGGUGGCGAUCCGCAGCCUGCCAUCGGCCGACGACAUCGAUCCAGACGUGCUGGAGAGCAUGCACUCGCUCGGCUGCUUCCGAGACAAGAACAAGCUGAUGAAGGACCUGCUGUCAGAUGAUGACAACCAGGAGAAAAUGAUCUAUUUCCUGUUGCUGGACCGGAAAGAGAGGUACCCAAGUCAUGAAGAUCAGAAUCUUCCGCCACGCAAUGAUAUAGACCCCCCACGGAAGCGAGUGGACUCCCCCAUGUUGAACCGGCACGGGAAGAGAAGACCGGAGCGCAAGUCCAUGGAGGUGCUGAGUGUGACCGAUGGAGGAUCACCAGUGCCAGCGAGGAGAGCCAUCGACAUGACGCAGCAUGGACAGAGGUCACGCUCUAUCAGCGGAGCGUCCUCGGGUCUCUCCACCAGUCCUCUCAGCAGUCCAAGGGUGACCCCUCACCCCUCCCCCAGGGGUAGCCCUCUGCCCACUCCCAAAGGAACGCCUGUCCACACGCCAAAGGAGAGCCCCGCGGGAACGCCGACCCCCACGCCGCCUCCCAGCCCUUCCAUUGGCGGCAUGCCCUGGAGGACACGUCUCAACUCCAUCAAGAACAGCUUCCUGGGCUCUCCACGCUUCCAUCGCAGGAAACUACAAGUUCCUACUCAAGACGAGAUGUCCACCCUCACACCCGAGUCUUCCCCAGAACUUGCCAAAAAGUCCUGGUUUGGUAACUUUAUCAACCUGGAGAAGGAGGAGCAGAUCUUCGUGGUGAUCAAGGACAAGCCUCUGAGCUCCAUUAAGGCAGACAUUGUGCAAGCCUUUCUGUCGAUCCCUAGUCUCAGUCACAGUGUGAUCUCCCAGACGAGUUUUCGGGCAGAGUACAAGUCUACGGCAGGUCCCACUGUCUUCCAGAAGCCUGUGAAAUUCCAGGUGGACAUCACUUACACAGAGAGCAGCACAGCCACGAAGGAGAAUGGCAUCUACUCCGUCACCUUUACCCUGCUCUCAGGUCCGAGUCGGCGCUUUAAGAGGGUGGUGGAGACGAUCCAGACUCAGCUGUUAAGCACACACGACCAGCCGGGAGUCCAGCAGCUGGCUGACGAGAAGAACAGCCAGGUGCUCCAUCCACCUGGCACGCCCAACAGACACCCGCGGCACGAUCCCGAGCCUAGUGACUCUAUAUGCCUGGCAGGAAAUGCCAGGGACAAUGCCAAGAUGGUGGCCUCUGUUGGGACACAGGAGCAGCCGUAGAGACCUGUAGAAAUAACGCAAACAUACUCACACACUGACUAACAUCCUGUCAGCAUUGGUGCAGAUAAUCCAAACCCUAUAAACUUUUGAACAUGUCACGAUGAGCACACUCUUCUUCCCUCAUGCCAUUUCCUUACACUUAGUCUCCAUUGUCUCUAUCUCCAUUUUGUGACAGACUUUCAUUUCAUUCUUUCCGUUGUGUCCACUUUCCUCACUUGUAUAAUGACUUGUUUUUACUACCAGGAAUUAUCCAGAAAAGCUAUUAACGUCCCGCUCCCCUGCUCCACCCACGUUCUUUGACGGAGGGCGCUGUUCAUAACGACGCUAAAACUCCAGACGCGUUCAUCCUUCAUCCUCACCAUCUUUUACCUCUCUCCAAUGACUUUGUGAUCCUUGAGGAAAACAUACACACCGACACCAACAUCCAGCUCCAUGCUCCUUCCACCUUCUCUCCUUCUUCACUUCUCCUCUGUUCAUCUGCCCUUACUCAAUCCGACGUACGAAGGAACCCUUUUUUUUUACGUCUUCAGCUCGCUACACGCAUGACAUGUACUACAGAUACAAAUGCAGACAUGCACAACUCUGGGAUGGACUCACAAAGAACAAAACAAUGUGAGAAAUGGAGAGAAAGAAAGAAAAAAUGUCCCAACGGGAUCACAGAUUGUAUUGUCGUUUUCAACGUGGACUUUCUUUCCAAUGGGCCGAGUUCGAUCUAGGAGCUCUGCUUCAGAAGGACGUAUAUAUAUAUAUAUAUAUAUAUAUACAUAUAUAUAUACAUACAUAUAUAUAUAUAUAUAUAUAUAUAUACAUAUAUAUAUAUAUAUAUAUAUAUGCCUAUAUUGCUACGGUGGGAUGGGGGUCACGUAGAGAGGAAAUGAGGUUCGGGAGCUUAUCUGAAUAAAUAAUUUCCGUUGUACAGAUGUCUUAUGUAUAAGAAAAUGCCUAGAUGUGCUACUAAUAUUUCAUUUCGUUGUAGAUUCUGACUGAAAUAUUGUGCUGCCACACACAAUAUAUAUAUAUAUAUAUUUGGGUUUUCUUAAUGCUUAAUUUCUGAAACAUUAGUUUCAAGUAGCUGCUGCACUGACUCUAGAGUUCUGUUAAGCUAUAUUACGCCUCACAUCUCACGUCACAAACUACCAGCAGUAGACAAAAUGUGUUGUGAAUAUUUUUGUAUUUUUUUUUUUUCUGUAUUUAUUCAUAUGUUUACCCUAAUUUAUUAUCAUCCCUCAUGAACACAAAAAGCGGGAAAAGAUUCAGAUUCAUCGAAUGUUAUUUAUUUUAAAUCCUUGAACGUCUGUAUGUUCUGACGCGACACAGGUUUGUUCGACGAGAAAGAUUUUUAUCAUGUCUUGAUUUAAGAGAUUUUAUGUGAAAAAUAUUAACUUUUGGGGUUUUUUUCUAGCUUUGAAUGAGGAAAAAAAAUGUAGUAUAUGUUUUAAAAAAAAAAAGAAAAAUGGAUAAUUUAACAGUUAAGAAUGUAGGAUAGCCUCUUUGGGGGGGAGGGAAUGAGCAUCUUGAUAUUUGUCAGUUUCAUUGUGUGUGUAUACAAUGGAUUGAGACAAAGCUCUCCACUUGAGUCGGUUCUCUUGUAAAUAGACUGAUGUCACCUUCUCAUAUGAAGGAGGUGCUCAGUACCUGCUCUUUCUUCGCUUUUAACUUGUAUUGCUGUGUGCAUGCCAGACAUCGGCUUUCCUUUGCAUGGCGCUAGUGUAAUUGUUAAAACCCCCUUCUCUAACCCCUUUACUGCUUUCCUCUGUGUUACUUGAGAUAUAAAAAAAAAGCAUUCCCGUCCUUCUUUUCGCUGUUCUUCUAGCCGCUGUUUUGUGUCCUUUUCUCUCUACCAUGAACUUUUUAGUGCACUGAGUUUUGAAACGCUUCCUCUGGCCUGUAUCAUUUACCUCUGACGAAAGAAAUACCAUCGGUCUCCAGAUCCUAGUUUACAGACACGGGAAGAGUUUUUUGACAAAACAAAAAUGAAGCAAUACCUGUUGUUAAUCAUCCUAUUUUAUACAGUAGACUACAACUGAUCAUGUGACUCCAGACUAUAAACACAGAGCAGGAAUGAACAUGAAGCUGUAAUAUAACUGUGAGCAACUUUAGAACAAGAAAAAAAGAAAAAAGAAAAAAAAAAAUACAAAUGAAACAAUAAACUCAUUCACUUAUUAGGAAUGUGUGUAGCCUUAUGUGUGUGUGUGUGUGAGAGAGAGAGAGAGAGAGAGAGAGAGAUUGUGUGAUUAUGUGUUGAAGUGUGUUUCUGUGUAUCUGAGUUGUGUGUGUUUUCAGGUGCUGGUGUGUGGUCGUGUUGAAGUGUGUGUAUGUGUGUGAGAGAGAGAGUGUAUUUGUGUGUUUUGGGUAUGUGUGUGUGUGUGUGUUUGUGGGCGCUGGUGUGUGGUUGUGUUGAAGUGUGUGUGUGUGUGUAUAUCUGAGGUAGGUGUUGAAGUGUGUGUGAUCACGUGUGAGAUUUUGUGCGUUUGGAAAAUUAUGGCUUGAACGCUUGUGUUUGUGUGAGAGAUUGUGUGUUUAUGUACAAGUGUGUGUGUGUGUGUGUGUGCUUUCCCGGGACUGUUGUUGAUAUUUGCUGUGUCAAUAUUUAGCGUCGCUCGCAUCUCCAGCUCAUGAGGUGAGAUAAGGUAAGACACUCUUUUGUUUGUCUCUCACACAAGCCGCUCACUUUAACUACACUUCUGUUUAUUAUUGUUUCCUUUAUUACAGAUCACUUCACUUUUCUGUGCUUUCUACCAAACUGCAGUUGAAUUCUCGCUUCUGAUUGGUCAGGAGGUGUGUAUUACAUGUAUAACACUGCAGUUUAUAUGAACUUAUUCAUUCUACAUGAUCCUGUCUAUAGGAAGAGUUCAUAGACAGAAACGUGUACAGUAGAUGAUCUACAUGAUCUAACCCUAAUAAACAGAUAAUUUGCCACAUAUACAUCACUGCACAGUGAAAUUCCUUCAUCACAUACCCCAUCCUUGGGGGUUGGGGUUGGGGUCAGAGCGCAGGGUCAGCCAUGAUGCAGCACCCCUGGAGGUCAGCGACCCAGAGCCUAAACCAAAUGAGCCCAAUCACAGAUUUUAAACAUGUAUUGUUUUUCUAUCAAAGAAAAAUUGUAUAAUCAAUAAUUGAUGUGAAGUUUUUUUGUAACUGUCAUGUAACAGUGUCCAGCACAGGAAGGUGUACAGGACUGGAGGAGUGUGUGUGUACUUCACUUCACUACACUGCACAUUACAGCUCACUUUAUCCACUCAGGGUAAAUCAGUAAAGCCUGUCUUCGACAUUUUAAUCUGAGUUGCGUAAAUAACAGAUGUGAGUUUCUCUCAGGACCUCGUAGGACAUCGUGUCCUCGUGUCAGGAGUUGAUGAGAAGAGACAUGGCUUCCUCAGAGAGAUCAAGACAUUCCGUGCUCUUUAGCCUAAUUUUUUUCUUAACGCUCAUCUUGAACUUUCUGCCUCUCUGUGGCUGAUUUACAGAUUGUCACAUCUUUCCCUACAUGAUGAUGAGUCAGAAGAGAGUGCUGCUGAAUGGGAGACAUUUUCUCUAAUCACUUUUACACCACCAAAAGAAAAAAACAAAACAAAAGAAACGUGCUCUCUAGCAGACUGUUAAAGAAAAGCGAGAGAUAUAGUCUCUGUGUGGUUCAUACACUACUACAAUACCCAGUGCAGUGCACCUAGGGUUGCAAAGCGGCGGGUAAUUUCUGGUAAAUUUCCACAGGAACUUCAUCACGGGAAUUUUGGAAAUAUUCCAAUUUGGAAACUUAACAGGAAUUAAUGGGAAUUUAUUUCAAUUAUUUAGAAAUUUGGGGAAAUUUAUAUAAACUGUAUAUACAAACAUAAAUAUAAACAUUUUGUUUGGUCCUAUGUUGAAAUGCAAGCAAACUAAUGCAUGAGUGAGAUUUUUGUCAUUGUAAGUAGAACUUUAAUUCAUUCUUUCAUUGAACAACAUAAAAACCUAAAUGUUGAAUGUAAAAAAAGCAAAACAAAAAUCAUAUUUCCUUCUGUUUGCUGUAAAACGAAAAGCAUCCCCCACCCUUUCCCUUCCAAAAAAAAGUCCCAUUCAAAACUGUAAUCCUCGGGUUCAAAUGCAGAACCGUGACUUCAAUAUUCCUGUGAUAGUCAGAGCCUGGAAAAUAGGGAGGAAUUCCCCCCUUAAGUGACUAAGGGGGAUUGUGUGUGUGUGUGUGUGGAGGAUGGUCUUUUUUAGUCAGUAUUUCUCACCUAAAUGUUUGCUCAGUCAGUGUAUAUUAGUAUAAUAGUAAAAUCUUGUUUUAAAUAUAAAUGCAUGUAAUAUUUAUGUAAUUUACAUGACUACUCACCAAGAUGGACAUAUUUUUUGAAAUGAUUUUGUGGAUUGAAGGAUUGAAGAUCGAAGAAAUUGAAGCAGGAUUGAAGAAAUGAUCAGUGUAUAUUAUGGAGGAAUGCACAGUGCAUGUGGAGGUGUGGCCUCAGUCGCCCUGCAGUGCUGUGUGCAUGUGAUUGAGGAAUAUUACCGGGUUGUUUUAUCUGGUUGUUUUAACCAAGAUUAUGCUGCAAGAUAUGUUUUUCAACUACAUUUAAGUGUAUAGGCUAACCUGCAAUUUAGCAAAUUCCCAGUUUAUUCCAAUAUAUUCCCGUUAAUUCCCAUGGAAAGUUUCCAGCCUUGAAAAUUCCCGGAAUCUUGCAACCCUAAGUGCACCAAACCAAAAACCCUGUACUCUCGAACUAGUGUAGUUUGUGGACCUCCUCUGAUUCUAAAUGGCCACCAGUUUGCAGUGUGACAUGUUCACCUGCUUGUGUAUGAGUGAGUUUUCUCCCAGUUUCCUCCAGUUCUCAACAAGUGUCAGGAACAGCUGGACAGUUCAGAGGGCGCUGGCAGGUGAACCUUGGAAGCCUGCUUCUUUGUGUGUCUUUUGUUACGCCCUUCCUAUUGUUCCUAUCCUGAUUGUGUCACCUGUAUCCCAUUAGCCCUAAUGUCUACCCCUAUAAAUAGGGAUCCUUGUGUUUGUGUCCUUGUCCAUGAUUGUUAUCUGUACCGUGGUUUCUGUUGGGGUUUUGUUUGCCAGGUUCCAUGUCCAAGCUAAGGUCUAGGUUUAGUUUAGUUUAGUUAACCACGCCAUGUCUAGUGUUACGUUUGUUUCCCUAUGUCGCGUCUUAAAUGUAAUAAAAGCAGUGCUUUGCUGAAUCCUGCGCAUGGGUCUCAUUACACUGUGUGCUGGCGUGUGCACACACACCACGGGCGUCUGGGGUCGAGCCCCGCAUAGGGCGGGGGUCCCAGACGUUACAACAAGAUGCCAGGAGGUGGAUUUAACUAGUAGGUUGAAACUUCCCCUUUGUCACUGAGUACGAAAAUGUGUGUGUGAGGGCUCCCGAGUGGAUAAAUGUACCUAGUAAGUUGUUGGUUAAAUUAAGCUAAAAAAAAAAAACACUUCCAUAAUAUUAUUCUUGAGAACUCUUUAUAGCAACAGAUUCUUUGAGUUCAGUAAAUUCAGCAUUGUUAGUAGCAUAAGAAAAUUAGAGCUGAGAAAUCGCACUUUAUCACCAGCGUUUCCUCUUUUUGUCAUCCUUAUAUUGUCUUUAUACAGGCAAAAAUAUUUUCUCUCAGUGAUUGAGUACUAAAGUUGAAUUCAUUUGUUUGUUUUUACAAGUUUAAAAAAAUAACAU